GACCAUCAACCAUUCAAUUGUUUCCGGUAUGCUCCCAGAUGAAGAAGGUUAUAUUCUCGUCUCUUGAAAUUGACCACUUGCAAUUGACCUAAGAUGCGUUCCUGCUGCGAAUACUUUUUGCACACAACAGAUUUGAAGCGGCGUCGAUGAUGCCACAUUUCCCCAGUGACAUCGACAACAAUUAGACGUUAAUGAACACAAUUGGUUUUGGAAUUUAGUUCUUAAGAAAAUAAAUGAACAUUUGCCUCAUUAGUAGAAACUUCAACUCCUCGAAAAGCAAAUGACUAGUUUCAGGUUGACAACUGUAGAGAAUUAAUAGCUCUGUUUUAUAUAUAAGCCAGAAAUUGAAGUCUCGUGUUAAUUAAUUAAUCAAGUGGGGAAUGAGCAGAGUCAGGCCAUUGAAUUUUACGGGUAAUAAACAGGGAGUGUUAUCAACUGCUGACUGUUAGACGAUCAAACCAUCAACACAAGCUCUCUCUUCAUUAAAGGAUUGACUUACAGGUGGAUUCAUAAAACUUCCCUGUCUUUAUUAAAACAAAAAUGUCUACCGCACGCACAGGAGGAGCUUCAACAGCACUUCAUGGCAGGCAGAUUGAACAUGGAUGAUCCUCUUCUCCACGAGAAAAUCACACAAGAAGAAAAUGAUUUCACCAAAAAUUCCAUAAAGAGAGAAUCUCCUUUUGACCCGGCUGGCCCCUCUCGUCCGCAAUCAACGGGAAAUCUUCUCGCUACUGAGGCUAACAACAUCUCCAAAGCCUCCUAUAUCAACCUAACUGACAACUUGAAGGAUCGCAAGAGAAGUCUCAUUCGAUCGUACUCUGCUCCGCCAAUAUUCACAGACCUUAAGGAAGCUUUUUCCGAUUCCUUAGAAGCCAGAUAUCCCAUCAAGUCAACACCAUCGGUUGUUCGGCAAGCCAUCAUCGGUGUAAUUGUGUAUGCGAUAGCCGGUGUUUUGGUGUACCUGAGCAGUGGGAGCUUCAAGGGACGUACAACGUUGAAACCGGUAGAUGCCCUGUACUUCACUGUAGUCACUCUCUGCACAAUUGGAUAUGGAGAUAUUGUUCCAGACACAUCAUUUACCAAGAUAUUCACUUGCAUUUUUAUACUGGUGGGUUUUGGGUUUGUUGAUAUUCUGCUGAAUGGAUUGGUGACAUACAUUUGUGAUAAACAGGAGGCAAUUGUGUUGAGCUUAGCUGAUGAGAAUGAGUUGAACACAAUGGUUCAAACUUACGUGAUAGACAAAAGGAAAGGAAGAAUGAGAAUAAGAAUUAAAGUGGGGUUGGCUCUGGGUGUUGUGGUUUGUUGUAUAGUCACCGGGACAAUCGCAGUGCAUUUGUUCGAGAAUCUGAACUGGGUUGAUAGCUUUUAUCUCUCCGUUACUUCUGUGACAACCGUAGGUUAUGGGGAUUACACAUUCACCACACUAACAGGAAGGUGUUUUGCAGUUGUUUGGUUACUAGUAAGCACACUGGCAGUUGCGAGAGCCUUUUUGUACUUGGCCGAACUUCGGAUUCACAAGAGGAAUCGUAGAAUCGCCAAAUGGGUUCUAUCCAAGAAAAUGACCAUUAGGGAUUUUGUAGCUGCAGACCUUGAUCAUGAUGGAUCUAUCAGUAAACCCGAAUUUGUAAUAUACAAGCUUAAGGAGAUGGGAAAGAUAGAAGAAAAAGAUAUCCUACAGAUUUCUAAUCAAUUUGAUUUGUUAGAUAAUAGCAGAUGCGGGAGACUUACCGUUGCACAUUUGACGGAUGUAUAGACAAAAGAAAUACAACAGU